CCAAACGUCACCUUAACCUUUGAUGACACAUUCACAUUCUAUAUAAGGACGACUGAUAGUAUGAUGAAAUUAAACCAAGUGAAGUAGCUCAAAAAGGAUGGAGAAACUAGCAGCCUCUGAUCAUGUGAUUCAGUUCAUAGACGAACAAGAUCGCAAGAAGAGCACCGAUGAUGCUAAUUACAUGACAGAAACAAAACCUACCCAAAAUCGUUCAAAAUUUCAAACAAUACGCCGCCUUACUUUCUCAAAACCAAAAGCUCGAGUCUUUGAGUUCAAUAGUAGUGUUCCAGUCAACCAAAAAACUUUCAAUUUUGGCGAUGAAUCGGAUGAGUCGUUCGACCCCUCAUGUGAAAAGGAUGUAGAUAGUGAUGACGAAUAUGACCAAGAACAUCACAAGGAUGAAGAAGGAUAUGGGAAUAUUAAAGAGAAGCACAAAAAAAAGAUGAGAAAAAUCCCUUUAAGGCUUUUGUUUGAAUGGUGUUUUUUGUUACUCACAACAUCUUGUUUAAUAUGUGCUCUCACAAUUUCACCUCUAAGGGAAAAUCCCUUAUGGGGUCUUAAGUUGUGGAAAUGGUGCGUUGUGAUUCUUGUCAUUUUCAGUGGUCGCCUUAUUUCAAGUUUUGUCAUUCGACUCCUCGUCUUCCUCGUCGACAGAAACUUCAUGCUUCGUGAAAAGGUGUUGUAUUUUGUGUAUGGUCUUAGGAAAAGCUUCCAAAAUUGUGUUUGGUUAGGUCUUGUCCUUUUGUCUUUGAAUUUCAUGUUCAACUCAGAGCUCAACAAACAAAACAAGAUGCUAACAAAAUUACGCGAAGCUUUACUGGCCUUACUCAUUGCUACAACUAUCUGGCCCGUUAAGAUUAUUCUGGUAAAAGUUUUAGCCUCGUCUUUUUUUGUCGCGACUUACUUCGACCGUAUGAAAGAAAGUGUUUUCCAUCACUAUGUUCUAGACACACUUUCUGGUCCACCAGUUGAUGUCCAAGAAGUACAAAAACUGAAACAAUCGAGGAAAUUGUCCAAGCUAAAGAAGCUAAGUAUGCAAAGCAAGACAUCAGCAUGGAGUGUGAAGAGAUUGGCUAAUUAUGUAAGGUUCUUUGGGUUGUCAACAAUUUCUGAGAGUGUGGAUGAGUUUGGGAACACUGAAACUGAGAUUACUAGUGAAAUGGAGGCUAGAAAUUGGUCAAGAAAGAUCUUCAAGAACGUUGCCAAUCGUGGUGCCAAGUACAUAGAGGAGGAAGACCUAAUGAGAUUCCUAAAUAGAGUAGAGAUAAACACCAUAUUCCCACUCUUUGAAGGAGCUGUUGAAACUGGAAGGAUCACCAAGUCUGCCUUUAGAAAUUGGGUGGUACGAGCAUACUAUGAGAGGAAGUACUUGGCACACUCAUUGAAUGACACAAAAACGGCAGUGCAACAGCUUCAUAAGUUAGCAAGUGGGAUAGUUAGUUUCAUAAUAGUUGUGAUUUCACUCUUAGUGAUGGGACUUUUGUCCACACAAAUACUUGCUCUCCUACUAUCCCAACUUGUACUCUUGGGAUUUGCUUUCCAAAACACUUGCAAGACUAUCUUCGAAUCCAUCAUCUUCGUCUUUGUCGUCCAUCCUUUUGACAUUGGUGAUCGUUGUGUCAUCGAUGGAGUUCAGUUGAUAGUGGAAGAGAUGAAUAUAUUGACGACAGUAUUCUUGCGUUACGACAAUGAGAAAAUAUACUACCCAAAUGCAGUGCUGAUCACAAAGUCAAUAAGCAACUUUUACAGAAGCCCUGAAAUGGGCGACGCAAUUUCCUUUAAUAUUGAUACCAAUACUUCCAUGGACACCAUCAUUGCCUUCAAAAAGGCCAUUCAACAGUACCUCGAGAGCAAGCCAAAAUAUUGGAAUCCAAAACACUCAGUGAUAGUGAAAGGAAUAGGGAAUGUGCACACAAUGGAAAUGAUGCUAUGUGUUCAACAUACCAUUAACCAUCAGAACUAUGGGGAUAGAAGCAACAGGAUCACUGAGCUCAUCCUUGAGUUGAAGAAGAUCUUUGAGACCCUUAAUAUCAAAUACUCUCUUCUCCCUCAACAAGUCCAAGUCAACAAUACGAUCACUAAUUCCAGAAAUAAUAUACCAUUGCACCCUUGAUCAUAUUUGCUUUGAUCUACAUAUUGCAAGAGCUUGACAAGCAACAACAUGAUUGGAGCUAAUUAAUUAAGACAUGUUUUUAAUUAAAUUACAAUAAUGUUGCUGCUUUAGUUUCUGGAUAAAUCACAUGUUGUUUGUAGUGUGUACAUUUAAUUUUCCUUGUCAACCCUUUAUUAACUUCUCAAGUCUCCAUUUCGGUACGUUGUAUUGGUGCUUUAUUUAAUGAAAAGUUAUUAUUUUGAA